AGUUGCCCAGUCGAGCAGUUGCAACUGCGUUGCAUUCGCUGGCAUCAUUUUUAGCCUGAAAUCGGAACACGUACGUCGGUGUAAAUAUAUAUAAUUAAAUCGCGAUGGCGCUGGAGGCGCUCGUCACGGCUUUGGCUUGCCUCAGCACCACCACAAAUGCCACGAGUAACUUGCCAGGAAAACACUUUUCCGUGAUAAUGAGAAACUCGGCGGAGCCCUUUUUGCUGGCUGAAAAUGAUACCGCCAGUUGUCCAGUAAGCACUUUGGCUGGCUUAGCAGCACGUGUACAAUUCAUGACAGAUGAGCUGCAAAAUCUCAAAACAGAGCUUAAUGAGCUACAGGGACUCAUUGAGGAGUAUAAAAAUCAGGGCACCGGAAUACCCAUUGCAACCAGGUUGUAAGUUAAUAAAGACUUCGCCCAUUGCCAGCAAGUGUGCAGACCUUUCCGUUGGCGCUGGCCACGCCCCCCGACGAUACGCCCCGAAAUUGCUACGAUGAGAAGCAUGGUCAGGUGAGGAUCCGAAUUGCUCCGGAUAUGGAACCCUUCUUCGCGAGCUGUGACCAGAAAGUGAGAGAUGGUGGCUGGAUGGUGAUCGCCUAUAGAUUCGAUGGCAGCGAGGACUUCAACAAGGAUUGGCAGAACUAUAAGGCCGGUUUUGGCGCUUUAAACUCGGAGUUCUUUAUCGGAUUGGAUAAGCUGCACAGGUUGACCAACAGUGAGCACCACGAGUUGCUCAUCAUAAUGAAGAAGAAAAGUGGAGAGGAACGUUUCGCGCUGUACGAUCACUUCAGUAUUGGCAGUGAAUCGGAAAAGUAUCUUCUAUAUGUACUUGGUGCCUACAAAGGUGAUGCUGGUGAUUCGCUACGUUACCAUGCGGGCAAGAAGUUCACCACAUUCGAUCAGGAUAACGACGAUAAUGGCCAAAACUGCGCCAGGACGCAUGCAGGUGCCUGGUGGUAUGGAAGGGAGUGCUUCGAGAGCAACUUGUUUGGUACAUUCCAGUCGAAGUACGGACAGGAGAUUGGCUAUUUCAAGGGCAUCCUGUGGAAAUCCUUCCUGCCAGGACCCACUGGCUCGCUUAGCUAUGUCCGCAUGCUCAUCCGGCCGCUCAAGAAACAGUAGACGAAGCUAUCACAUAUUCAAUCACAAAGACUCCUCAGGCAUAGAAUACAAUAAAUGUCGAUUAUUUAAC